AUGGGAAGACGCCGUCUCGUCCGGCCGGGUGCCGGCCGGGGCAGUUCCGGGGUGAGCCGCUCCAUUCGCGUCCCGGGACCCGGCUGGUGGCUGCGCUCCCCGCCCCGCCGGCGUUGGGAGUUCGAGGCGACAGAGAAGCAUGUCCGGCCGCGGCAAGCAGGGCGGCAAAGUGCGCGCCAAGGCCAAGUCGCGCUCGUCGCGCGCCGGGCUGCAGUUCCCCGUGGGCCGCGUGCACCGGCUGCUCCGCAAGGGCAACUACGCGGAGCGGGUGGGCGCCGGCGCCCCCGUCUACCUGGCGGCCGUGCUCGAGUACCUGACGGCCGAGAUCCUGGAGCUGGCGGGCAACGCGGCCCGCGACAACAAGAAGACGCGCAUCAUCCCGCGCCACCUGCAGCUGGCCAUCCGCAACGACGAGGAGCUCAACAAGCUGCUGGGCAAAGUGACCAUCGCGCAGGGCGGCGUCCUGCCCAACAUCCAGGCCGUGCUGCUGCCCAAGAAGACCGAGAGCCAGAAGACCAAGAGCAAGUGACCGCACCCCCCGCCGGGCGCCUGCGGACUCCCGAGGGCUCGGAGGGCGCGCUGGGCGCCGGGGUGGGCAGCCAGGGGGCCGCCGGGGCCAAUAAAGUCGGUGAAAAGCG